AUGCGGGGCUUACUCUUUUGUUGGCUUGUGGCUUUAACUGCAAGUCAAAACCUACGAUAUGAUAUUGCUCUGAAUCCCAAGAAAGCCUAUGAGUACAGAUAUGAAGGAGAGGUUAAGUUUGGACUUGGCAAACCAAACCUGGCAGAAUCUGGGUUGCGAAUAAAGUGCAAGGCCACAAUCACCGGUGUUUCUGAACAAAUGUUCCUUCUACAGGUCUCAGAAUUGUCAUUUGCUGACCUUAAUGGCUUUCCAGACAAGAAUGCAGGCUACAAUCCCACCCCAAAAGUUACAAAACGUAUUGCUGCUGAGCUUGCAAAACCAUUCAUGUUUGAGCAUGCCAAUGGACACAUUGGUGACAUUCGUGCAUCUGCUGAGGUUUCUACUGCUGUUGUCAACAUCAUUAGAGGUAUACUUAGUUUUUUCCAAGUUACUCUGAAGACUACAGAGCACAUCUAUGAACUGGAAGAGACUGGAAUCCAUGGUAAAUGUCAUAGUAACUACGCUAUUGAUGAAAAUGAGGAAACCGGGGAUUGGAUCAUCACUCAGGUUGUGGAUGUGACUAAAUGCAAGGAAAGGGCGGCAAUGUACAGAGGAAUGUCAUCUUCUGUGGUGGAUAAACUAUCCAAAGAGAGAGGAGAAUCGAUUGUUUCAACCAUGAAAUAUAAUUACACCGUCAAACCAACAGCAGAGGGAGGUCUCAUUACCAAAGCUCAUGGGCUCGAGCAGCAGCACUUCACUCCUUUCAAUGUGAAGGGUGGUAGUUUGAAGAUGCAAGCAAUGAAGAACUUGGUGCUGCUUAGUGUGAAUGACACGGCCAGAGCCAGAACAUAUGGACCAGUGGAAAGCAAAGGCAAUAUUGUUUACAAAUUUGAAGAUGUGGACAUCAAUAUUCCAGUUAUGAUGCAGAAUCUGGAUAACCCAGUGCCAAAGGCUAUUGAAUUGAUAAAGCGAUUGGCUGUGGCUAAUAGUCAAAGUAUUGACAGUGCAACUACAGAGGAUGUUUUCAAGGUGUACCAGCUCAUGCGAGUAAUACCUUAUGAAGGACUGGAAAACAUGUGGAAGCAAUUAGCAGAAAAUCCCAAGCACCGACGGUGGUUUUUGGAUUCUAUUGUCGAAGUUGGAGAUGAGAGAGUGCUGAAUUUCUUGGAGAACAGGUUUAAGAUAAAGGAUUUGACUUCAAUUGAAGCUUGGCAAUCCCUCUUGAUGGCUCUUCAACAUCUUGCAGUCACUCCUGAACGUGUUGAGAUGGCUAAAGUUUUCCUAAAGAUGCCAUUCAGUAAAUCUAACACCUAUCUGUGGCACACUGUGGCCCUUUCCUAUGGCUCUCUGGUGAACAAGUACUGUGCAUAUUAUACACCAUGUCCAGUAUCUGCUGUUCAGCCCCUGCUGGAGAUUGCCACAGAGGCUCUGAGGAGUAACAACAAAGAAGAAAUGGUUGUCGCUCUGAAAGCUCUGGGGAAUGCAGGCCACCCUGCGAGUAUGAAAACCAUCAUACGUUACCUUCCUGGAGUGGCUGCCACUCCUGUGGAUCUGCCUGUUUGGGUGCAGAGUGCCGCUGUGAAGGCUAUGAGACUCAUCACUACUAGAGACCCUCACAAGGUACAAGAUGUCACCAUGGCCCUGUUCCUGCAGAAGGACGUUCCAUCUGAGGUUCGUAUGCUGGCCUUCAGGAUCCUUUUCAACACUAAACCUUCAAUGGCGCUUGUGUCCACUGUGACAGCUCAUCUUCUGGAAGAAAGAGAUCUUCAGGUUGCUAGCUUUGCAUACUCCUACUUGCAAGGAUUUGCUAGCUCCACAACUCCUGACAAUCACCACCUUUCAAUUGCCUCCAGUUUGGCUGUAAGAAUCCUUGCCCCCAGAUUGGGGCGUCUUAGUUAUUACUACAGCAAAGCAAAGCUUGUAGACUUGUUUGAUGAUAAUUGGCUAACUGGGAUAUCGUCCGAAUACUUUAUGCUAAAAAAUGCAAGCAACAUCAUUCCCUCUGAGAUAAUGUUCAAAGGAAAACUGCACUUCAUUGGCAGAAUUAUGGAUCUAUUUGCGUUGGGUAUCAGUGCAGAAGGAAUAAAAGACCUGUUUGGAACUGCCAUUCCUGGAUUUAAAGGAGACUUUAGUAUAAAUGAUCUCAAGGCUAUUUUCAGUGUGCUUCAAAAGUGGGAGACUCUUGAAAAUGAUAAACCAGUCCUGUCAGUUUUUUCUAGCAUCUUUGGACAAGAGUGGUUUUUCGCAGACAUGAGCAAAGAGACCUUACGGAAUAUAAUCACAGCCUUUAGCGCUGCUACAUGGAAAUCAAGUCCUCUGAGAGCUCUGAUGGAGAGUUUACACAAAGGUAUCUCAUGGGACUACACUCGGUCAUUUUUGACCUAUGAGGCUCGUUACUUCCAAGCUACAACUCUGGGUCUACCGGUGGAGAUCAGCAAAUACUACAACUCCAUAACUGCAAUCAACUUUAAUGCUAAAGUUGCAGUUAAUCCCCCACCUACUGAAAGCUUUGGACAGCUGUUGAAUUCGGAAAUUAUACUAGAAACAGAUGGAUUUGCUGGUGUUACCAAGGACUACUGGGUUUUCUAUGGGGUUAACACAAAACUCUUCCAGAGUGGUUCAGAGUUAAAGAUUAAGACACCAAUUGCUGUUCCAUGGAAGUUAUCCACCAAGAUAAAUGUACCGGAAAAGAAGUUCGAGCUUGACUUUCCUCGUAGCAAGGAGGAAAUUAAACUUUUCUCAAUGAGAUCAGAUGUGUAUGCAGUGUCAAGAAACAUUGAAGAGCCAGAUUCUCCUAAAAUCACCCCAAUAAUGUCUCCAUCUACUGACCCCAGUGAUGAUGUAAAACAUAAGUCACAGCAGAUAUUAUUCAGUGCUUUUGUAAUAAUAAGAUGCAUAUUAAUAGAAGCAGAUUCAGUACUGAAACCAAACACCUGGCAUCCUACGUCCAGAAUGUGUUAUGAGUGCAACAUCUAUGGAGUUGGUCUUUGCAUGGAGUAUGAGUUAAGGAGACAGUAUUACCAUGAGGAAUACCCACUUUACUAUUUUCUCGGAUACAGCCACAUGGCAAUCAAAAUAGCUCAAGCCCAGACAACAAGACCAGUUGAAAAAAUCCACUUUGAGCUCGACCUUGGUCCCAUCAGACAACCGAUGAGUGCACGCCUACUGCUUGAAACCCUUAGCAGGCUUUCCAAGGUCCAAAACUCAACAACUGAAGCCAUCUUCAACUUCAAAGCUUUUGCUAUGAGUGGAAACCAGCAGCCUGAGGGUUAUGAUGCAGCCAUGUUCUAUACACCCGAGACAGGCAUUCAUAAUGGCCAGAUAAUUGUGUCCCAAGUUGGAGCGAACACCAACUGGAAGAUGUGUGUUGAUACCAGUCUUGGUGCUGAGGCAAAGGCACACGUCAGAUGGGGAGCUGAGUGUCAGACCUAUGAUAUGUCAAUGAAAGCCUCUGCUGCAUAUAUCAACUUUACAAGGCCAGAACUCAAAGCCACAGUUCAAUGGAACAGCAUUUCGGAGUACAUGGUUGAGAUUGGCAAAAGAAUUGAACGCUAUAUCCCUGGUGUGGCGUUCCUUUAUGGCUUCUCCUUGGAAAAUGAGCGGAAUCCAAAGCAAGAAGUGUCAGCAGCAGUUGUUGCUGCCUGGACAGAUAGCGUUGAUGUAAAGAUAAAACUCCCAGAGUAUACAGUGCACAAAAAGGCUAUGUCAUUUCCAAACAUGUGGAGCACCCAAUGGCACAAGAACAUGACAAAUUCAACAUUGUAUUGACUUUAUCCAACUGUGAGAACAUAAAAACUGCAAAAACCAGAUGACAGCCGGUGGCCUAAUGUACCAUUUUGGACAAAAAAACAGCUGCCAAUACAUAAACGCCAGCAUCGUAAAUGUUUUAUUAGUCUGUC